AUGUAUCUUCGUGCCGUUCAUGCAGAGAAAGACAUUGCUAGACUACAGCAAUUCAUACGCGCCAACCCGCUGGGCAUCUUCACCACAGCCAUUGAUUCCAAGUCGUUUCCUUUUCUUCAAUCGAGUCACAUUCCCUUCGUUUUGGAUGUCGAAAACACAGCAGACCAGGUCCAUCUCGGCGUUCUUCGUGGGCAUAUCGCGCGAGCGAAUCCGCAAGCUAAAACUAUAAUCGAACACAUCCAAUCUCAAAAUGAGGAAGGGAAGAUCGAUACAGUGCAGACUGUAUCACGCGAUGUUAUGAUCCUCUUUAACGGUCCUGCACACCACUAUGUCACACCCAAAUUUUACAAAGAGACAAAGCCAGCAAGUGGGAAAGUGGUUCCUACAUGGAAUUACUCAGCGGUACAGGUUUAUGGUCGUGCUUCCGUGUUUUACGACACCAAAGCCGCCUCUACGGGUCAAUUCCUCGACAAACAGAUUAGGGACCUGUCCCGCCAGUCAGAACGAGACAUUAUGGGCUACGAGAAGCCAUGGCAGGUGGAAGAUGCGCCUACUUCAUACAUCGACAUACUGAAGAAAGCGAUUAUCGGCGUCCAGAUCGAAAUAACGGAUAUUGGUGGCAAGUACAAGAUGAGUCAAGAGAUGGGUGCAGGUGAUCAGCAGGGUGUCAUAGAUGGUUUUAAAGCACUGGGGUCGGAUGUUGGAGCUGAGAUAGCAAAGACUGUAGAGCAAAGAGGAAAACUCGGAAGUUCUUAG